GAGGGGCACGAAUAAACUUCCUGUGAGGAAUACUUUUGUUAACUUUUCCUCGCUUCCUCUUAUUGGGUCGGAAGCCGGGCUUUCUCCGCGAGAAUCAAUCUACGGUUGGUCUUUGCGUCGGACAGACGGUGCCUGAGCGCGCGGCGCCUGAUGGGAGGCGGCUAACGGAUUGGCUGCGGGGAACGGCGGCCAGGGAUUGGCUGUGCUCCGAGCGCUUCAUGGCGGCUUCCUGUUAGAUACUGUACCCGGCGGAGUGCUGAGUGAUAAAGCAGGAGGCUUGAUUACUUACGAGGGGAAUUCAGAAGCCCACGGAGCAUUUAGGAUGAAUCCAGGAAGACGUGACAGUCUGGAUGACCUGCCUGACCUCUACACUAUCUUCAGAGGAGAGGUUGUUACAGUGACAGAAUAUGGAGCCUUUAUCAAAAUUCCAGGCUGCAGAAAGCAAGGCUUGGUCCAUCGAACCCACAUGUCAUCCUGUCGAGUGGACAAGCCCUCUGAGAUAGUGGACGUCGGUGACAAAGUGUGGGUGAAGCUUAUUGGCCGGGAGAUGAAAGAUGAUAAGGUUAAGCUGUCCCUUUCCAUGAAAGUUGUCAACCAAGGGACUGGCAAAGACCUUGACCCCAACAACAUCAUUACUGACCAAGAAGAGAGGCGGAAGAGGUCCUUCAAGGAUUACACAGGGCAGAAGAUCACCCUCGAGGCUGUCCUGAACACGACCUGCAAGAAGUGUGGCUGCAGAGGUCAUUUUGCCAGGGACUGUUUCAUGCAACCAGGGGGCACCAAAUACAGCCUGGUACCUGAGGAGGAAGAAGCAGCUGCAGCAGAAACUGAUGGAGGAGAGAAGUCUGUACAAACAGAAACUACUUCCCGGAAGAGAAAGAAGGAACAGAAAAAGAAAAAGAAAAAGAAACACAAGAGCAAAAAGGUAUCCUCAUCCAGCAGCUCUGACUCGGACAGCAGCGAGGGUCAACCGGCCAGCAAGAAGUCGAGACGUGUGGCAAAGGACAGCAAGAAGAAGAAAAAAAAGCACAGGAAAAAGAGGCAGGAGUGAAGGGCGGGCUCACUCCCCUCCACCAGAGCCUCCUUCACCAGUGCCCUGGCUCUGGACUCUGGCAAAGGCAUCCUCCCGCCCCUGCCCACAAGGCACUCCACACAGCCUGGUCUGUUGUUGUCAUGCUGCCUCCAGGCAUCCCCUGCCCGUGACCUUCCUGGGCCAGCAAGCCUUGUUAACCCCUGGAGCUAAAACUUUUUUUGUCUAGUGGUAUGUCCAAGUUGCUUUGGCCCAGCCUUGAGGUUUGGGACUGGCUACAGACCCCUGGCUAUAUUUAUGCUUUUAAACCCAAGUCAGGAGCAGAGAUGGCCAGCCUUCAGCCCGAGCCGGUCAGUGAGCCUCUGCCUCCAGGCCAGAGCCAGAGGACCUCUUCUCUGGUACCAGGCGAGGCAGUCCCCUCAUGUGCCCUUAGCAGCAGGACAGACAGCACUAGCUUGGCCAGAUUCUGAGAAGAGACUGUUUGCAAGGAUUCAGACCUUGUGGUCUCAUCCCUUUAGGUCAUUAAACAAGGGAAAUGAUGCUGUCACACACAGGGCUAGUGUUCAGCACUAACACUGAUGGUGGAGCAGUUGGCUGA